AACUCUUUCAAUUUUGGAAUUUUCAGUGUGAACGCACUACUCGCACUAUUUAUACAAAACGUCUUACAAUAGUGCAAACGUACGCGAUUUGGAACGCACCUAAUAGUUAUGAUCUGUCAUAGUGAAACCUGACGUGUCAAGAGCACGCAAGACGUCAACACGUAACGUUACAUAUAGUAAAACGAACAAUAUUUACAUGUUGAUCUGUUUUCAUGUUACCUCUGGGGGGCAAGUCUUUGAUGUUCCAUGAUGUUAAGGUUUUACAUUAAUUACGUGCAGCUAAUUAGAAUGGAGACAUUUCCAUGCAUACAGAUGGUAGUUAAAAAUCCCGAAGACAACAAACUUGAGAUUGUUGUUGUGUUUUGCGUGUGUACAGACCACUAUCGUGGUCCAGAGACAUUUGGAGCUUUACCCGAUAUCCAUGCAUCCGUAGCACUUGUAAUGAAUAGCUUUUAGACAUUACGGCUUGAAUUUAUUUAACGGAGGAGCUAAUAAUCCACCAGGGUCAUCGCUUCGGUCCAAACACUCCGUUAUUUCACCUGUUACUGGGCUGAUACGCCUCAAAUCCAAGUGCUUGCCAGGUAAGGGCGUGUGUAGUAAAACGGGACAUGUCCGGACAUGAACACAGAGAACCAGACAACUCAGCAAAGAUCGUCUGCCACCACUAGGCGUCUAAAGCUAGUCAAGCUUUGACAUGUCAUGUCCGAACCCGCCCAGGGGAUGAUGAGUAGUGAUGUGGAUUCUAGCCCUGACAUGCCUCUUUGCGUCUAUUUAAACCAUGGACAGGCUCUCAGCAAGCUCCCACUCAUCACUAAGCCAGAGCUCAAGCACUUUAUGUACAGGAAGCAGAGUGUAUAUAUAUAGAAGAUUCUUUGUUAGAAUAGCCAAUUUACCUCUGUUUGCACAGAUUGUCUACCAAUAUGGCAACAGAAAGUUGUUUAAGCAGUUCGCAGAUCAGCCAGGUUGACAACGAAAAACUGGUAAGACCAAAAGUUCAGCUGAAAAGCCUGUUAGAGGAUGCAGGUGCAGAUAAAGAUGUUUUCACCAUGAAAGAGGUCUUGUUUUAUUUGGGGAAGUAUAUCAUGAGCAAGGAGUUAUAUGACAAGCAGCAGCAACACAUUGUUCACUGCGGAGAGGAUGCUCUUGGUGCAGUUCUCGGGGUGAAAAGUUUCUCAGUCAAAGAGCCCCGAGCACUCUUUGCACUGAUCAACAGAAACCUUGUGACUGUGAAAAAUACCGAUAUUCAGUCUACCUUCUCUGAACCCAGGAGUCAAAGUGAACCAGACAGAGGGCCCGGGGAUACGGAUUCAGACUCUCGCUCAUCUACCUCACAACAGCAGCGCAGGAGGAGGAGAAGCAGUGAUCCUGAGAGUACUUCAGCCGAAGACGAUCCCAGAGAAUGCAGGAAGAGGCACAAGUCAGACAGCUUCUCUCUGACAUUUGAUGACAGCUUGUCUUGGUGUGUGAUCGGCGGCCUGCACCGGGAGAGGGGGAAUAGUGAGUCUUCGGAAGCACAAAGCAACUCUGUGUAUGAAGUCACAAUCUUUGCUGAGGAUGAAGAUUCGUUUGAUGAGGAUACUGAGAUAACUGAGGCAGACUACUGGAAGUGUGCCGUAUGUUACGAGCUCAACCCUCCUCUUCCUCGGCAUUGCAAAAGCUGUUGGAAAGUCCGACCCGGUUGGCUUCCAGAAACCCACUCUAACAUGGAAAACACCUCCACUAACACUCAACCCAGCACAGAAGACUCCAGCAUCACCACAACUUCCAGCUCAGCCUCACAUGCCAAACUGCUUCCUUCCAAACCCUCAAGUCCUCUUCCAGAACCAGACGAAGGAGUGGAUGUACCCGACGGCAAGUGCUCACAAUCUCCUGUCGCCGCUAAAGACGAGUUUCUCUCCUCCACGGCCACCGGCUCUAUGACUGACUCUCAGACCUCAUCAUCGCAGCCCUCAACCUCCUUUGGUGGCAGCAGUCAGGAAGAGACCCCAGAGCUGGAGCGCUACAACAGCCUAGAGGCCUGCCUGCCCGCAACUUGCCUUGAGCCCUGCGUUAUCUGUCAAAGUCGCCCCAAGAACGGCUGCAUCGUUCACGGAAGAACUGGACACCUUAUGGCUUGCUACACUUGCGCCAAGAAAUUAAAGAAUCGGAACAAGUUGUGUCCAGUGUGCCGAGAGCCCAUUCAGUCAGUUGUGUUGACCUACAUGAGCUGAGACACUGCAGAUAUACCUCUUCUCCCCUCCUCACAUGAAGUUUUGCGUUCAAAUGUAAUAUUUGUAAUAUGUUACUAAUUGAUUAAUAAAUUUUAUUUAUGACUCACCAA